CCCGGAUUCACCAUGCUUCUAUUCAGCGGCCUGUACAGGCUUCGAUCCAAUAAGUACAAAGGGCGCAGACGUCCCGUCCUAAAGGUAGUUUCCCCCCGGCGGAACCGUCUCAGCCUUCCCGCCCACCGGCAGUCGCAACCCUCCCCGCAGAGCCCGCCCUGCGCCAACACGAGCCACAGCCCCUCUCCCCUGAGCCCCCUCAUGUCUCGCCAAACAUUCGAGGAUCACCCACGAGGCACGCCGCCUGCCAACGCGGCCGCAUUACGGAAAGCGGGCACGCGCAGACACCAGCAGCAGCACCCCUGAGCGCGUCCCCCCGCGGACUCGCCCACGCCCAUUCACUCGCGCGCCGUCCCUGGCGCAAUCCCCCGGGCGCGUUCGAAGCGGCGGCAAUGCCCAUGCGCAAUCGGGGAUCCGCCACUGCCAGUGAACCUUGCGGGCCCGACGGGUCGCGACGGUGGGUGACAGCACUCGAGUCUCGCGCGUCGAAGCGCAGCAACGUCAUCGGUGCCCGUGCGCAGAUGACCGGGGGUGCCGCCUCGAGGCGCCCUCCCAUCGCAGUGCCAGGAAUGCGCAGGGCCCGCGAAGGGAAAAAGCGGCUCGGGGCGGCGGAGCGGCCGUGGGAGGUGCCUCUAGGUGCCUGUGCGGCGAGCAGGAACGCGACGGGGGGCGCGCGGGCAAGGUUUCAUCUCGCGUUUAGCACUCUGCGCUUCGGCUUUCGGGGGGUGCUUCGGUGCGAGCAGAAGACGGGCGUGCGCGCGUCAUCCCGCGUUCUGUGCAUCGGCGCAUCUGUGCAAUUGUGCAGAGCGGGGUGGCGCGGAUUUCGCGAACAUCGCGGACGUAGACGUGUGUGCGCACCGCGGGUUGGCAUGUACCGCUGUGCGUUAAAGCCGCGGACGGCGGCGAGCACGGCCGUCGCUUGGGGGUUGCGGAGGAGGAGGUCGCACACGUCCGCUGCCGCGUGUGUUCGGCCGGAAAGACCGUCGCGCGGCGACUAUGUCUCGAUGUUUCGAUGCCGGCAUUCGUAGGCAGCGACGUCGACGGGGCUUGCGGAGAGCGACGGUGCGGGGGGUCGAGAAGGAGGACCGCCGGAUCGCCCAUGAUUGACAUGGGCUCUGCGGCGGUCGGCCUCGAGCCUCGAGGUGAGUAGGCCACUCUUUCUUGACCUGGGUGGUGCGCAGGGCCGUAUUCGGAUGAUGCGCACCGCCCUGAAUAGUAGGGCGGAUCUGCUCGUGCGUGUGGUUGCUGCUCGCGCAUGACGUGUUCGUCCUAGGUAAGAGCAGUCCUCGAAGCCCGCCGCGGUGUCGGUACAGGUCUGGAGUGCCCGCUUGACUUGGAAAGGCCGGAAGAACAUAUGUACCCUCGAUUCGUUGUGCGAGCGGUCCAUUGACUCGGAUCGCUGACGUUCUUGGACGAGGCUUCGCCGGGGUGAGAUCUGAACCUUCCUGAUGCUGGAGAUAAGUGCCCUUCGCGCGGGGGGUCCUAUUACUAGGCCCGAAGGAAGUACGUGAGUCGGUGUGAGUCCGCGGCGUAGCAAGGGGCGGCGAGGGCGACUGCGCAUGGCAGCAGCGGAAGAGGAGUACUGUACCGCGCACAAGGUCUGUGAUGUCCGUAGAAAGCUAGACCGGAAAAGCGGUGAUCCCGCUGAGACUGCCAGCGUUGUCGAGCACGACGCCUGAGGGAGCGUGAUAUCGGGCGCGGAUGCACAAGGAGACGCAGGAGGUGGUCGCCAGAGCUUACGGCACCCCGGCGAGCGAGAACCGCAGGAUGCAUCUUGGAUUCGUCGGCCGCGCAGUAGUGGGAUGGUGGGCCCUUCUUAACCCCGGACGAAGUAUAAGUCCUCGUGAGACGCCUCCAUAGGGGCUACGAGCAGC